AUGGCGGACACAGUGUCCACCCCUUCGGCCACCAGAUUCACCACUUGUUUGNAGUUGUACGCAUUGAGAGCUAAGCUGGAGUUCCCCAACAGUGAGGAGGUGUCGGAGCAGACGCGACGGAUUGGGUUCCGAACUAUUGAAGUGAUUCAGACACCGGUGCAGCCGAAAGGGUUGACCUUUUAUUUCCAAGUGAAUGGACAGCCGUUUUUCGCGAAGGGAACCAAUUGGAUACCCGCCGACAACCUCCAGGAGCGCGUAUCCAAGGAGUACUUGCGAGAGCUGAUGGAGGCGGCCAGGGAUGCCAACAUGAAUAUGAUGCGAGUGUGGGGCGGAGGGGUGUAUGAGUCGGACUACCUCUACGAGUUGGCCGACGAGUACGGUGUCAUGAUAUGGCAGGACUUCAUGUUUGCCUGUUCUCUAUACCCGUCAGACCCCGACUUCUUGGCGACUGUGGACCAGGAGGUGUUGACGCAGAUUCGGCGCCUACAACACCACCCGUCCAUCGCUUUGUGGUCCGGCAAUAACGAGAACGAGGUUAUGGUACGUCUGGGCAAAAAGGAGGACUUCCAGCACCAUAAGGAUGACUACAUUGAGCUCUACAUCAAACACAUCCGUAAACUGAUCCUCGAAGAGGACAGCAGUCGAACGUUUGUGGGCUCGAGUCCAUCGAAUGGGGACGAGGAGGUCCAGGAGGACUGGGUGUCGAACCACUCGAGGGACACCCGCUAUGGGGACGUCCACUACUACACGUACGACAAACCGCUGUGGAAUUGGCGACAAUACCCGAGCGGGAAGUUUACCUCAGAGUAUGGCUACAUAUCCUACCCGUCGGUCGAGACGCUGCUAACAGCGCUCAACGAGUCUGACCUGACGUUUCCGAUUGGCGACGCUCUGGAGCACCGGCAGCACCACCCGGGAGGCACCAAAUCCAUUGAGAACGCCAUCGGCCAUUACUUGAAACUUCCCUCACAGGGAGGGGUCGACCGCUUUGAGGAUUUGGUUUACUUAUCGCAAGUGAUUCAAGCGAUGGCUAUGAAAGUCGAGACAGAGUUCUACCGCCGGAACCGUGAGGUCGACCCCAACACAGGGAAUGGCAACACAAUGGGUGCCCUGUAUUGGCAGUUGAAUGACAUAUGGCAGGGAACUACCUGGGCGUCCAUAGAAUAUGGCGGCAAAUGGAAACUAUUGCAGUCCUAUGCCAUCGACUUCUUUAGCAAUCAAUUGGUAGUGUUAGUUCGAGACGACUUCGGCGGUAAACAGACGUUUGAUCUCUUGCUGAGUGUCUACAACUGGACGUCCGUUAAGCCCACGGAAGAGCUACAGGCGCUGGUUUUAAGUGAAAAGGGAUUCUCAGUGCAGACCGUAUGGCACGACUACAUUCCAGAUCUGCUCAAGAAAUUCAAGUGUGAGGACAGGACUCAGUGUGUCAUUCGGGUAGAUAUACCACAGUUCAGGGCGUCGAGUUUCCUAUUAUUAGCGGAGCCGAAGAACUCGAAAAUAGUGAAUCCGAAUCUGAAGUUAGUUUCGGUGGUAAAGCGCGACAAACCGGUGGACAAUAAGCACGUGUUUGACAUAACCCUGAGUGCGGAAGCGGUGGCGCCUUUCGUGGCCAUGGAUUUCAAACGCAAUUCCGGAAUUCGCGGGAAUUUCCCCGAAAACGGAUUCUUUGUCUUUGAUCACCAAAAGACCAUCACUUUUGUGACCAAAUCUAAUGUCACGGAACAGCAGAUCAGCGAUAAUCUCACGUUUAAGACGCUGACGGAUGUGGUGUGAGUGGCACUACCGGUGCCUUAUUUCCAGUAUUUGUUUAAAUGUUAGAAAUAAAUAAUUUUUUUAAACGUUAUUCAAAAUUAUAGUAAUUUUUAAUC